AACUUUGUUUCUGUUUAUUGAUCACAUUGUUGAUUUUGAAGCUAUAUAGUGUAGAAUGUGCCAUGUCGUGAUAUACAAAAAGGGUUAACUAGCACCACUGGUUUAAUUUGAUCCUGACUGACAUUAAAAAAUAUUGACUUAUCUGUGAAGCAGAAUGAGUUCUGCGAAGCAAAAAUGUUUUUUACCGACAUCACCCGAAGGCAGCAGUUGCGUUUGCGGUUGACACGGAGGACAGAUGUAUCGGAUAGAACGGAAGCGUUCACUCGGUAACAAUUCUAGCCGAUAAUUUAUCCACAAGGCCCAAUUUUCACACGUCUCCCCGCUUAGUUAUAACGUUACUUAGCCGCUGAAAGGUUGAAUGCAGAAGAGGGAAUAUGGAGGAGAUAAAGACCGAGCCGGUGGAUUUUGUGAGGGAAUUUCAGGAAUACCUGACACAGCAAACCCAGCACGUCAACAUGAUCUCAGGCUCUGUGUGCGGAGAGAAGGAGUCAGGGGAGCAGUUUCAAGCCGACGUCCCCAGGAGUGAGCAGAAUGGUCUGGACCCCCCGGCUGUGGAGGUGAGCCUGUCUGUGGAGGAGGGGUCGGAUGUACAGAUGGACGGCCUGGAGAGGACCUGCGAUGGGAAGUACAAGUGCAGCUACUGCAGCUACGCCAACAAGGGCAUGGCUCGUUUAAUAGAGCACAUCCGCAUCCACACAGGAGAAAAGCCUCACCGCUGCCAGCUGUGCCCGUUCGCCUCGGCGUACGAGCGCCACUUGGAAGCCCACAUGCGCUCGCACACGGGAGAGAAGCCGUACAAGUGUGACCUCUGCACCUUCCGCUGCAGCGACCGCAGCAACCUGUCACACCACCGGCGCCGACGCCACAAGCUGCUGCCCACGAGGGUCGUCCGCUCGCCGUUCUCUGCCAAGAGGAUGCUGGGCUCCCUGCAGAAGAGGACGGGCUCGCUGGGCUACGGCAGGCGGCUGCUCAUCAACCUCAACCCUCCCUCUGUGGGAUCGCAAAAAUCGGAUUAUCUGAGUGAUUUUCCUCCCAAGGCGCACCACCAUUUGAACAGAGAUGAGAACAGCGGGCGCAACAGAGGGGCUAAUGGUUUGACUUUUAACAACCCGCUGGACCAGCUGUCCACACUUGCUGGCCAGUUGGCUGACCUUCACCCUGAGUCUCAGGCCCCUGCAUCCCCAGACAGGGACUCCUUCUCAGAGGAGAAGCCCAUCCUCAUCCAGCAGGUCUCCAGUGAACACGCUGCGGUGUGUUCAAAUGGAGUGCAGACUUCACCACAUAGAAGGGAGUCCCCCCUAUCAGGCCACAGGACGUGCAGUCCUGUUCCCGGCCUCGGCUUUGAGAACAACCCGCUCACUGCGAGUGUCUGCAACAGCCAGCCGAGCACCCCGGCACCGGCCCUGACUGCACCGGACCAGCAGCUCUUGCAUAAAUGCCAGCACUGUGACAUUCAGUUUUUGGAUAACAUCCUCUACACCAUUCACAUGGGCUGCCACGGCUACGACCAUCCAUUCCAGUGCAACGUCUGUGGUCACCUGUGCGUAGACAGAUAUGACUUUGCGUGCCAUUUUGCCCGCGGACAACAUCAAAAGUGAUUCUGUGCUAAUAUGGACUAUGGAUUCUGGUGUUUUCAGUGCACUGCUUACACAGCAUCUACGUGUGACAUAGUGACUUGAGUUUUAUACUUUCAUUAUGAAUGGUUUUCAUUUGAUACUCACUAACUGCACAAUAAUGUUGCCUUACUGCUGUUCUGCAUGGCUCCCAAUGCUGAGCCCUUCAUACCAGUUUUGGAUCGAAACAGGAGUUCAAAGGGGUGGACGAAACAGAAGUGUACACUUUUUUUUUAAAGAUACAGCUGAACUGACUAGUUCAGAGUUUCAAUUGAAUUCUAAAUCAGCACUGAUCGCUGCAGUUUUUUUUCCCUCUGUGGCCCAAUUUGGUUUCGUAUCAAACAACCAGCCCCAUAAAUUAUUGCUUCAUUUGUCCAAAAUCACAUUGAACCAGUAAACUUCACUGGGAAUUUGAUAAUUUUACAUUGCCACAAGAAUCUUUUUUCUGCAUUAUGUUCUGUAAAAAGAAAAAUAAGUUUACAAAUAGCCACGUAACGGGCAACAAAUAUGCCGGUAAAACCGAUAUAUUUGCGAUCGGCCACUAUCGGCUGAUUUUGUUUGAGGAUGUUUACGUUUUUCCAGCUACAACAUAAGAUUUGAAUGUUGAAGACAUUUGGCACAGCCCUUGUAAAAGCAAAAACUGAAGCUCACAACGUGCCACAUCAGUCAGUAUUAGUCAUAACUCUUCAGUGACUCACUGGGAUUUCACUCAGCUCCUCCUGUGAAACAUUAAUCAAGGGCAGCUAAAUAUGUGACAACAUCCGUAAACUAUCCAUUAACAGUAUUUAACACUGAACAACGUGAGCUUGUUUAAACUGUCCACCGUCUGCACAUCGUUUGUCUAAAUAUACAGUGAAGUUUUAUAUAUCCAAUGAAUCAGCUGGACACACUUGAAGCUGACGUGGGAUGUUUAAAGACUCGAGGCUUAAUUGGCUCAUUUUCUGUUUCAAAACAAGUCCAUGUCCACCAGCCAGGCGCAUUAUAAUCCUGCUCGCCAUUCUGAUAUUUAUUUAUGAGUCGCUCCGUAGACUUUCAAACUAAUAUUUUAGAUAGAUUCCAGUUUGUUUACUCCCUUUUUUGUUACCAAUUCAUUACCUUUGAAGCAAUUUUCUACCAAUAUUGAGUAGUUUGGUGGUACUGGACGUACCAAUCUUAUUUCACUACAGCCACUUCUUAUUUGUCUCUUAGCGGAUUUUGACAUCUUUGUAAAUCUUUGUCUAAAGUGAUUUUUUUUCAAUUGGUUAACCUGUUUGUAUCUCUUCAUAUUAUUAUGGACAGAAAGUAAGCAGAAGGAGACAGAGUAGGUGACCACUAGUGUAACACUGGGGCUUGAGAUUAAAUUCAUUUUAAGGAAAAAACAUUUUUUAUUUCAGGUGAUUUUCUUUGUUUGACCUCUUGCCACAACGGUCCACAAACUGAAGAGUAAGUGGUUCAACAUAUGCGAUUAAACUUGCCUUUGUAAAACUU